AGGAGUGCCGAGUGCGUCGCAAAAAUCUCCGACGUUAUCCGAAGUAUCUGACCCAGCAACCUUGACAUUUGACCAAAAUUUCCCGCGCUUUAUAACACGCUGCAUAAGAAAUUGACAAUGGCGGAUGAAACUUCUUCAGAUCCAUUUUCGACCGCAACAAGUCCUUCGCGGUCCAGUCGGAGGAGGAGAAGCAGUCGCGGAGACCCGAUUACGUCGAGCCCGGGCAGAGAUCUGCCUCCAUUUGAGGACGAAUCAGAACUUUUAGGUGAUGAGCAGCAGGAGGUGGAAGAAGAAGAUGGAGAGGAAUUGUUUGGCGAUCAGCUGGAACAGGACUAUCGAGCGAUUCCUGCGCUGGACACAUUUGAGGGUGAAGGUCUGGAUGAGGGAGACUACUCUGAUCUAUCAGAGACCCAGCGACAGGCGGCUGAACGUGAAAUACGCCAGAGAGAACGCGAAGAAGGCAUUGUUUCCGGACGAAUGCGCAGAGGUCUCAUUUAUGAUGAUUCCGAUGAUGAUGAAGACAGACCAGCACGGAAGAGGCGGGCAGCAGAACGUGCCGCGGAGGGAGACAUGGACGACGAAGAUAUGAUUGAAAGCAUAGAAAACUUGGAGGACAUGAAAGGUCACUCGGUCAGGGAGUGGGUGUCUAUGCUGGGCCCGAAAACAGAAAUAAAGAACAGAUUCAAAAACUUUCUGAGGACGUACGUUGAUCAAAAGGGCCACAACGUGUACCGCGAGAAAAUCCGACAAAUGGUUGAAGCAAACCGAGAGAGUCUUGUGAUAGACUACAACAUGUUGGCAUCAGUGGAACAGGUCCUGGCGUACUUCCUGCCCGAAGCUCCAGCUGAAAUGUUGCUCAACUUUGACGAGGCUGCAAAAGAAGUCGUUUUGAGCAUGUACCCCAACUAUGAGAGAAUUGUGAAGGAGAUUCAUGUGAGAAUAGCCGAACUCCCCUUGAUUGAGGAUAUCCGAUCUCUCAGACAGCUACAUCUGAACCAGCUAAUCCGAACUAGUGGUGUGGUGACUAGUACGACAGGGGUUAUGCCUCAGCUUAGCAUCAUCAAGUACGACUGCAACAAAUGUAAUUUUAUUCUCGGACCAUUCUACCAGACUCAGAACCAGGAGGUUAAGCCAGGCACCUGCCCCGAGUGUCAAUCAAUUGGACCGUUCGAAAUAAAUAUGGAACAGACGGUGUAUAAAAAUUACCAACGCAUUUCCAUGCAAGAGAGUCCUGGAAAGGUUCCCGCAGGAAGACUGCCACGGUCGAAAGACGCCAUUCUCCUUGAUGACCUGGUCGACACAUGCAAGCCAGGAGAUGAAAUUGAGUUGACUGGCAUUUAUCACAAUAACUAUGAUGGGUCUCUGAACACCGCCAAUGGUUUCCCAGUGUUUGCGACGGUCAUACAGGCAAACCACAUCACCAAGAAGGAUGACAAAAUGGCCGCUGCAUGCCUCACAGAUGAAGAUAUCAAGGCUAUAGUUGCACUUUCAAAAGAUGAGAGAAUUGGUGAAAGGAUCUUUGCCAGCGUUGCGCCGUCAAUAUAUGGCCAUGAAGACAUCAAGCGUGCAAUAGCACUUGCAGUUUUUGGUGGUGAGCCCAAAAAUCCUGGAGGAAAACACAAAGUCCGAGGUGACAUUAACAUUUUACUGUGUGGUGAUCCAGGUACUGCUAAGUCGCAGUUUCUUAAAUACGUGGAGAAAACCGCCCCUCGAGUCGUGUUUACGACGGGACAAGGUGCGUCUGCCGUGGGCUUGACGGCGUAUGUUCAGAGAAACCCAGUCUCAAAGGAGUGGACUCUAGAGGCUGGGGCUUUGGUGCUUGCCGACAAAGGAAUCUGCUUGAUAGACGAGUUUGACAAGAUGAAUGAUGCCGACAGAACUAGUAUUCAUGAAGCGAUGGAACAACAGAGUAUCUCGAUAGCAAAAGCCGGCAUCGUGACCUCACUACAGGCCAGAUGUACGAUCAUUUCAGCUGCCAAUCCGAUAGGUGGUAGAUACGAUCCGUCAUUAACAUUCUCUGAAAAUGUGGAUCUAACUGAGCCUCUUUUAUCGAGAUUUGACAUCCUCUGUGUGGUGCGAGAUAUCGUUGAUCCAGUCCAGGAUGAACGACUAGCUCGCUUCGUUACGAGCAGUCACAUUCAGCACCACCCGAACCCUGGAGACCAGCAGGAGGACUUGCUGGAUUCGCUAAACCAAACGGGAAUUGAUCCUAUUCCACAAGACCUCAUGAAGAAAUAUGUUGUCUACGCCAAGGACAAAGUCCAUCCCAAGAUGCAUCAGAUGGACCAAGACAAAGUGGCCAGAAUGUACGCCGACCUCAGGAGAGAGUCCAUGUCGACUGGUAGCAUUCCGAUCACUGUGCGUCACAUCGAGUCUAUGAUCCGGAUGGCCGAAGCUCACGCCAAGAUGCAUCUGCGUGAUUACAUCAAUGACGACGACGUCAACAUGGCCAUCAGAAUCAUGCUGGAGAGUUUCAUCAGCACACAAAAAUUCAGCGUUAUGAGAAGCAUGACAAAGACGUUUGGCCGUUACCUGUCAUUCCGUAAAGACAACAACGAACUGUUGCUGUUCAUCUUGAAACAGCUGUCUCAGGAUCAGAUGACCUUCCAGCGAAACCGCUUCGGCAUGGAGCAGGAAAGCAUCGAAAUAUCCGAGAAAGAUCUGGCAGAUAAGGCUCGUCAGAUCAACAUACACAACCUGUCUUCCUUCUUUGAUAGUGACAUCUUCAGGUCCAACCACUUCUCUCACGACGUCAAACGGAAGAUGAUCAUUCAGGCCGUUUGAGAGAGAUGAUCAUCAGAAGAAAACCCAGAAGAAACAAAAUAAAAGCAUAAAUGAUCUGUUGAACUUUCUGAAUCAUGGAUGGAACUGUUAACGAGAAAUCAGACCUAAAUGUUUUAUAAGCAUGAGCUCAGAUUUUCGUUGUGUGAGGGAAGAAAAAGAAGACUUUAAAAUGCCAACUUUUCCGUACGUUAAUACUCGCUACAAGAAUCUUAAGUGAAAACCAUUACAAAGUUAAGAAUAUGUGUCGGGGUGGAGAUUUAUAUAUACCGUACGACCAUGUAUGAUAUAUCGGCACAAAAAACAUUACGGCACAAACAUUUAUUUGUUAGAUACAGAUUUACUUGUACAACAUAUAUUCAAGUUUAUGGACUCUAGCUUGUGUAUUUUGUUUUCAUUUUCAUUUCAACUUAUUUGCAUGCUUAUAUCCAAUUAAGGUUCAAGCACGCUGUCCUGGGCACACACCUAGGCUAUCUGGGCUGUCUGUCCAGGACAGUGGGUUAGUUACUGGUUAGUGGUAAGCAAGAGAGAAGAAGGUGUAGUGGUCUUACACCUACCUAUAGAGCCUUUAAGAACUGGGUCUGAGCUGGUACCGGGAUACGAACCCUGUACCUACCAGCCUGUAGUCCAAUGGCUUAACCACUCUACCACUGAGGCCGUUGUUUUGUUUCAAAACAUAAUUAUGAUAUAAAAAUUACAAAAUAUGUCCCUUGGGUAAAAUAUAUUUUUAUAUGAUGUAACCAGUAUUGAAGAAUGUUCUGUAUUUAAGAAAUGCUUACCAGGUUUCUGUUAAGACUUUUCACAUCUCCAGUAUCAUUAAAAUCUGAUCUUAUUCCACUCUAUCUUGGUUCCCUUUUCCUCCCCCAUUUUCAUUUCAUCAGACAUAAAGCUAUACCAUUUGUUGUCCACAUGACCUUUCAACUUAGAAUAAUUCAAAAUGUGUUAAGCUACUGUCAGACUAGCAUUUAUGUCAGCAGUGUUUUGAUUGGUCAAAUGAAGUGUACAUAUACAGCCAUUAACACUGGUUUUGCUUGGAUCUGUUGACUGCGACCUGAAAUCACACUGAUAACUGAAUGUUUUUUUUCUCCGAUUUAUUCACGAGUUACCUAAAUGUGUUUUGCUAAAACAUUUAAUAGCAAGUUUUUGUAAAUAAAUUUAUUUUGAGAAUAUAUAUACAUGUUUGAAUUGUGUACUACGAUGCAAAUGUUUAUCUGAAACUUUGGGUAUGUUGUAAAUAUAAAGGAAUAAAGUGAAAUGAGAU